UUUAUGGGGAAAAGAUGGCGGCCGCACAGUUAACUGAUGAAGAGCUUUUCUCAGAGUUAAAGCGUCUGGGGUUCACUCCCGGCCCAGUAACUGAGAACACACGACCCGUUUAUCUGAAAAAGCUCAAGAAACUACGCGAGGAUCAGCAGCAGCGGGGAUCCAGGUCCGGAAAAACUCGCAACAGCAUCAACAGCGGCGGUGGCAGCAGAGCGGCGGGAGCUGCGGUACUGGUGGCUAGGCCAGCCAGCAAUGACGGCACGUAUCUGGGAUCCAGCAGGAGUCCGAGCGGUCGUCCGGCUCUCAAUGAAAAGCGCUCCGUCGGAGUGAGCAAAUUUGUUUUGGGCUUCAGUUCUGAUGAAUCGGAUGUUGAAAGCAACCAGAAGAAAGGAGGCCCACAGUCCAGCAGCAGGAGGGACCAUGGGUCCGGUCAUCAGCAGCCGCUGCUAAGGCCUGUAUCAACACCCACAGCCGCUCGCAGGAGCCAGGGAGGCGGUGUGAGUAGCAGCAGCUUUGCUAGUCCCUCCCCCGGUUUGUCGGAGGCGAGGAAAGGCGCCGCAGUGUCUCCUUGGUGGGCUGACCGGGAGAAAUCGAGCAGUGGGGGGUCCCAACGUAAAGAGAAAGUGGGAGGCGGUUGCGAGGAAACCGAGGAAGACGAUUAUGACGAGGAUGAAGCGGAAGGGGAGACCCGAGCGCUGAACGGCAGCGGAGCUUCCUACACGCUGAACCGCAGCAUAGUCGGCGGCGAUUAUUCCGACUCGGAGGAGGAGGAGGAAGAGGAUGAUGAGGAAGAGGACACAUCACCAAAGGCAAUCGGAAAAGGAAAGCUCGAGCGACGACUAACUUCCAGACGGAGCCAGGCGAGAGCGCUACCAUCCUUCCUCUACAGUGCUCGAGGCGCCCAGGAACGGCGAGGAGUUGCCGUUGGAGCAAAUGACCCGCCGGUGGGAGAUCUUGAGGAGGGGGAGGACGAGAGGAAAGGGGAGUCUGUAUUGAGGGGCGGCUUGCGGAGCCGUGCAUACCCGUGGAGAUCCGACAUUAUGGGCGAGAGCGUUGCGGAUGGCGGUACCAGCGGCUCUUCUGCUUACAACAAUAACCACGUCGAUAGUGGCAACGGAGGCGGCGGUACCAGUAGCCGGUUCAGUAUCGGGUUGAAGCCACGUUUCUCUACCUACAACAGCCUCCUGGCGGCUUACCGGUCCAAUCAUUCCAACCACACCAGCCCGAACCAUGCAUACGGCCAGGCGAGACAGAAGCAGACCAUGGCGGCCCCGGAGGAAGAGCUGCUCCAGCAGUUCAAGAGAGAAGAGGUGUCGGCCACGGGUGGCUUCAGUGCUCACUAUUUGUCCAUGUUUCUCCUCACGGCCGCCUGCCUCUUCUUCCUGGUGCUCGGGCUUAUGUACCUGCGAAUGCGGGGAUCCGGCGGAUCGGAUGCGGGUGUCGUCAUGAAGAACCAUCCCUUCGGCCCUCAGUUUGACAGUGCUUUUAACGACAUGGAAAAAGACAUGAUUCUCAAAGUCCUUCUGCACCUACACGACCAUCUGGCUAUAAUUGCAGGUGGACAUGACUGUGGAGACCAUAUCCUCUAUCCCAACAGAAGUCUUUUGGUCAGCGAGGCGUCAGAGUAUUUACUGCUUCAUGGCCCGGAGUACGAGGACUUCUUUGCCACGUCUCUGGAGUGGGUCAUCAAAUCCGGGGAGGACGUCGGCAUACGGUUGAUUGGCGGAGACCCGGGGGAGCCCGUGGCGGAUUUCUCGGACGUCUCCCGGCUGGAGUCCACCCAUCCCAAAAUGUCCUUCUUCUGCCGGUUCCGCCGGGCCUUCUUCACCGUGGUCCACAGGGUCGUCCUCUGCGUCGCCGGUGUGGCCGUGGUGCUGGGCAUUGUGUACUUGACGAAGUACCGCUGGAGGAAGGCUGAAGAGGAGACCAGGCAGAUGUACGACAUGGUGGAGAGAAUUAUUGACGUGUUGAGGAGCCACAGCGAGGCGUCCCAGGAGAACAGAGACCUGCAGCCCUACCUGCCCAUCCCCCACGUGCGCGACUCCCUGGUGUACCCUCAGGAAAGGAAGAAGAUGAGGAAGGUAUGGGAGAGGGCUGUGGCGUUCGUCUCUGCGAACGAAUCGCGGAUUCGGACGGAGACCCAGAGGGUUGGCGGGGCAGACUUCCUGGUCUGGAGGUGGAUUCAGCCCUCGCUUCCCAGCGACAAGAUGUCCGCCGUACCUUCUAAGGUCUGGCAGGGCAAAGCUUUCCCACUGGACAGGAGGAACUCUCCGCCCAACAGCCUGACCCCCUGUCUGAAGAUCCGAAACAUGUUUGACCCAAUUAUGGAAGUUGGCGAGAACUGGCACCUGGCCAUCCACGAAGCCAUCCUGGAAAAGUGCAGCGACAACAACGGGAUCGUCCACAUCGCCGUCGACAAGAACUCCCGCGAGGGCUGCGUGUACGUCAAGUGUCUGUCUGCCGAGCACUCUGGGAAGGCCUUCAAAGCUCUGCACGGCUCCUGGUUUGACGGCAAGCUGGUGACGGUGAAGUACCUGCGCCUGGACCGGUACCACCAGCGCUUCCCGCAGGCCACGGGCUGCACCGCGCCCCUCAAGCCCUCCAGCAAACACAUGAACACCAUGGCCCACCUCCGCCACCGCUCCUGCAGCACCUCCGCCUCCUGAGGGAGAGCGCCCCCUGCUGGCCCGGAGGGAGCGGCGCCUCCGAGCGGCGUCUCGGGACAGACACACGUUUCAGACAUUUUCGAU